AUGGCAGACAGGAAGGUCGGAAUAUAUUCCAUGUAUCAUGACAUUACAGUGCACACCUACGGCCUCGCGGACGCGAGGACGGUACGCUUGGCGCAUAUGUUCACUCACCUCCUUGACUCGGAUAAGACUGGGCUACGGCCCAAAGAGGAGGUUGUGAAGGCCGAUCGCAGGCAAUUCGGCGCAGCUGUCCCUGACUGUAUGAAGAAGGAUGUCGAUCCCGACAUGGAACAGUUCGGCCAGAAAAUAAGGCUGCGGAGACGCAAGGAGCUCGGAUCUUGCAUACUUUGCCAACUGAUGGACGCUGGCAAAGAGGAGAAGGAGCAACUCCUUAUCAAGUACAAUCAGCACAAAGACAAGCUGAGUGAACGCGAUGAGGACGUCAUCGGGCCAUGGGACGAUGCCAACCGACGUGCAGCAUCCAACGCACCAGGAGCGGAGGUCUUAAAGUCGGAUAUGGCCAUCGUGCGGGCGCAUGUUGACCGCGCACUCGAAGCUUGGAGAAAGGUUUCUUGGAAUGACUUCGCAAAAUCGCCCACUAAAAGCCUCGGGAAACGGUCCAAGGGCGGAGGCACCACCAAGAAGUCCCGGCAGGAGACCGUGGAUGAGAUUGCGGCUCAAUUCCAUGAGGCUCCUGCGGGGAUUUCGAUAGUGACGAGUGCGAACGAAGUAAGGCGGUGGAAAGUCGGUUAUGCUAUGAAACAGAAUCCGAAGUUCGCCUUUGCUGUUGCUUUCUGGGACGUCUGUGGCAUCAAGGCCGAGACUAAAGGACGAUCAACUGCUACAGCUGCCAUAGCAAGCCUCAGCAACAUUCCACCUUCUGUACUCAAAGUUCUCCAGCCCGCAGAGGACCCUUGA